GUGUACGGUGGCUCGCGGAGAACAAAGAAGCAUCGAAGGCGUAUUUAAAGCGGAGGAAGUACCGAAGGGACGACUUGAAGCGGCGGGCUCGCGUCACGACAUGCGGGCGAGCGUGCACGCGUCCGGCGGUCUCCUCAUCCUCACGCUCGCCGCCGUGCUCGAGCCCGAGUGCGCACGCUCCGCCGCCGCCGUUGGCCACCGCCACCACCAAGCGACACCGGUGUCUGUGAAAGCAGUCAGACUUCCUCACGCCCACAAUCUCCUCAAAGAUGUCGCUCUGUCCAAUGGUAUCCGGAGGCCGGGCAGGCGUCCACGCUGCGGAGUUCCCGACUUCCCCGACGGCCGGCAGCAACGUCUUCUCCCGCUGGGACACCGGCGCAGGCGCUUUGUCCUCUAUGGCGGACGCCUGGACAAGAAUGAGCUCACCUACAGGAUUGUACGCUUCCCCUGGCAGCUGGGCGAGGAGAAGGUGCGGCGCGUGUUUCGGGAAGCUCUGAAGAUUUGGAGCGACGUGACGCCACUCACCUUCACAGAGGUCCGUGCGGGCAAAGCCGACAUCCGCAUCGACUUCACCAGGUACUGGCACGGAGACAGCCUCCCGUUCGACGGCCCAGGCGGGAUCCUGGCUCACGCUUUCUUCCCCAAGACUCAUCGCCAAGGAGAUGUUCACUUUGACUACGACGAGGCCUGGACACUCGGGAACCACAUGGGCACGGACCUUCUCCAGGUGGCGGCUCAUGAGUUCGGCCACGUCCUGGGCCUGCUUCACUCGGAUGAACCCGGGGCAAUCAUGUCCGCCUACUACUCCUUCUCGUACCCGCUUGAGCUGAGUCACGACGACCGACGUGGGAUCCAGUUCCUGUACGGGCGGCGUCCCGAGCCGCCAUCUCCCACACCCCCUCCGCUGCCUCCCCGUAAAGAGACCAAUGAGAUUCUCUUGCAUCCCGAUGCGUGCCUGACGGACUUUGAUGCGGCGUCUGUCAUCCGCGGCGAGCUUUUCUUUUUCAAAUCGGGGUAUGUGUGGCGCAUCCGCGACGGGCGUCUGGAGAGCGGCUAUCCGGCGUUGGCCUCGCGCCACUGGCGAGGGAUCCCCGACAACGUGGAUGCCGCAUUUGAAGACGAGGCCGGCAACAUUUGCUUCUUUCAAGGUAACAGUUACUGGGUGUUCGACACCGAGAUGCGGGUGCGAGGGCCCGAGUCUGUCCAGGCGCUGGGCCUGCCGGCAACGGGCGUGAAGGCGGCGCUGCGCUGGGGUCGCGACCCGGACUUCAACACCUACUUGUUCGGCUCGGGCGGAUACUGGCGCUAUAGCCCGCGACGCAACCGCCUUGAGUCUCCGUACCCGAGAGCAAUGAGCGACUGGGGUGGGAUUCCCGCCGAUGUGGAUGCUACCUUCCGAGACGCUUACGGCUACGCCCAUAUCAUCCGUGGACGCCAGUAUUGGAAAUUGGACCCUGUGAGUAUGAACUCCCUGGAGGGUUACCCUCGCUACGUGGGCGUCGACUUCUUCGGCUGCGGAAACGUGUGACCCAUGUGAAGACACCGCCGCUUGGGAAUGGAUUUGUCGGACCUCACGCACUCCCCAGUGACGUCUACCCAAGCCUGUUUUUGGCGCCAAAUGCCAGAGGUCUAUGCCCAUGCCCAAUGCCCAUGGCAUGUUCCAGGACCGGCGUGUUUGUCGGUGCGGGUCACUGACGUGUAGCUCAGUUGUCACGGCGACAUUCGCAAGUUAUUCAUUAUCCAAUUAACAAUUACAAUUUGGGAUCAUUGUCCUAAUGAAAUUGCAUAUUUAGAACCCAAAACAUUUUUGUACAUAUUUUGUGUGAUGUUUUCUUACUCAGUUGUAGUGUUCAGGAAGUCUAACUCAUUGGGGGAAUUUUUUUUUUUUUUUUUAAUAAAACAAUAUUUAACCCUUGCUGGACAGUGGUCACUUCAGUGGACAUUUAUUAAAAAGUUAUCAGUCAUCUAACUCAUUCACUGCCAGACCAGCAGAGGUGUAUUCCAAAAAAACGGGUUAAAACUUUUGAGUAAAUAAACUCUUGAGAUGAUGAAUGCUAAUGAGUCUUCCAUUCCAGUUAGUGAGGUAAUUGAAACAAGGAGUCACUCACCAUGGCAAGUCUCUGACCAUAACAUGUUCGCUGAAGAGUUCUGUUGAAGUAACCAUGAG